AAUAAAAUGUUUAAAAUUAUUGAUAAAUUGUAAUUAUUUUGAUAUUUUUUGUGAUUGAUAAUUUGAUGAUUUUUAUAAAUUUUUAUUUUAAAUUUUUAUAUUUAUAAUUAUAAUAUUUUAAUAUAUAUAAUAUGAAUAAAAAUAGUACACAUGGUACAUAUAAUAAACGUGGUUGUGUAUGUUUAAAAAAUGACUUUACAUUAAGAAUUAAUAAAAUAUGUUUAUUUAUUUCAUAAAAAUAUAAAAUAUAAAUUAUAUAAAGUACUUAUAUAUAUAAAGAACUGUUUUUAAAGUAUCAUAAAUGUUUUAAAUAUAUAGUGAUUUUAAUGCACAUAUAUAUGAAACGCGAAUAUAAAUUAAAUUCAUAUUUGAUUAUUCUCGUUACUUUCAUUUAUUACUAACAAACUUAUAAAACAUUAAGAUUAAUAAUAUAGUAUUUGAAAAAUCAAAAUAUAUAUAUUCAUAUAAAUAUUAAAAAAUAAUUUGUAAAGAAAGAAUAAUCAACAUUCAACAUGCCUCAAAACGAAUAUAUUGAAAGGCAUCGCAAACUACAUGGACGACGUUUAGAUUAUGAAGAAAGAAAAAGAAAAAAGGAAGCUCGUGAACCACAUAAACGAGCAGAACGUGCUCGUACUUUACGUGGUAUAAAAGCAAAAAUUUAUAAUAAAGAACGGAGAAAUGAAAAAAUUCAAAUGAAAAAGAAAAUAAAAUGUCAUAUGGAAAAGAAAGUAAAAGAAAAAUCAAAUAACAUACCAGAAGGAGCAUUACCAGUAUAUCUAUUAGAUCGUGAUAUUAAAAAAGAUGCUAAAAUAUUAUCAAAUAUGAUAAAACAAAAACGUAAAGAAAAAGCUGGAAAAUGGAAUGUACCAAUACCUAAAGUUAAAACACAAUCAGAAUCUGAAGUUUUUAAAGUAAUGAGAAGUGGAAAAUCUAAACGUAAAUCUUGGAAAAGAAUGGUAACAAAAGUAACAUUUGUUAAUGAAAAUUUUACCAGGAAACCACCUAAAUUUGAAAGAUUUAUUAGACCAAUGGCAUUACGUUUUAAAAAGGCACAUGUAACUCAUCCUGAAUUAAAAGCUACAUUUUGUUUGCCAAUUAUUGGAGUAAAAAAAAACCCAAGUUCAUCAAUGUAUACAAGUUUAGGUGUUAUUACUAAAGGAACAAUUAUUGAAGUAAACAUUUCAGAAUUAGGUCUUGUAACUCAAUCAGGGAAAGUGGUUUGGGGAAAAUAUGCUCAAGUUACAAAUAAUCCUGAAAAUGAUGGUUGCAUUAAUGCCAUAUUACUUGUAUAAAAUAUUUUUAUUAAACAAUUAUAUUAUGAUUUGUAUGAUGUGUAAUAAAUAUUAUAAUAAAUAAUAUAAUAAACAUAA